AUGGACAUAAAGACGUUCAGUGGUCAGGAGUUCAACACUAUCAAUGGUGACCCGACGUCAGUAGUAAACGUUCGUCCUGCCGUUGACAAGGAGGCAUUUCCGAUGGAAACGAUGCAACUAUUGGAUAAAAAGGAUCUAACUCAUCACGACAUUAUCACCAAUCACAACCAGGAAUCAACACACCUACCUAUCAAGAAGAAUAUCACACAAACCAAGACAUCGUAUGUGGCACCCUCUAUUGUCAUUUUCUGGCUCACCAUGUGGUUUUUACAGAAUAUUAGUGUCACAUUUUGGAAUAAAAAGGCAUUGAGUGCAUUACACUUACCGGUCACACUAACAUUUGUCCAUAUGGUAUGCAAUACAAUGGGUGCAUGCCUCUAUAUUCACAUUUACAAGGGUAUUGAACGUCAAGCACUCAAACCGCAACAGCAGAAGCUCAUGGUGUAUUUUUCAUUCAUUUUUGUGAGCAAUAUCAUUACUGGCAAUUGGAGUCUCGGUCUCGUGUCAAUUUCAUUCAAUCAAGUGUUACGAGCUCUUGUACCAGCCGUUGUGGUCGUACUUAGUAUGCUUCUUCUACACAAAACGUACUCCUUGAAGCGUAAAGUAUCACUAUUACCAGUCGCAUUUGGUGUCUAUUUAGCAUGUACGGGCGAUAAUUCGUACACGGUACUGGGCUUUGUUAUUACGGUCCUGGCAGUCAUUUUUGCAGGCUUAAAGGUGGUACUCUCGAACAAGUUCCUGACAGGAGACUUGAAGAUGCAUCCGGUGGACUUGAUUUUGCACCAGGCACCAAUGUCAGCUUGCUGGUGCCUUGUCACGAUGUUUUUGACAGGUGAAGUCAAGACAAUUAUAAACAACUGGGAAACUGUGCCGUCAGCCAGUUUCUGGUUCAUCCUGACCGGCAUUAUCAGUUUUGUGUUGAAUGUUACGAGCUUUAUGGCCAACAAGGUCACGUCACCUGUGACGCUGUGUGUAUGCGGCAACAUGAAGCAAGUGGUUGUGAUUGUCAUGUCCAUUCUCAUUAAUCACGACGUGAUCACCGUACAGAAGGCCAUUGGGAUUGUCGUUGUAUCUAUCGGUGGCGCAACGUACGUGUAUAUCUCAACAAAGGAGACAAUGGGACAGGCUACGCUUCCUACGACGGCGAAGCCUAAAUUGUAG